AUGAUUGUACAACUAUUUGUUGUUGGACUGGCUGUUAGUCAAGGUAUGUAGGUUUUAACUAAUUGAUAAAAAUUUAAAAACGUCUUUUGAUAUUUUAAAAUUAUUUUUUAAAAGAUUAUGCUGAUUAUUGUAGAUUAAAAUUUAAAAAACUUGAUGUUAACAUAAGUAAUUUCAGUAUUAUCCCACCCAGCUCCUCAAUUUGGCCAAAGCGGACAACUCGAAGGACAACAAGGUGGACAAGGUCAAUUUGGUCAACAAGGAAGCUUCGGCCAAGAAGGUCAAUUUGAACAGAACGGUCAGCACGGUGGCUUUGGAGGUCAAGAAAAUGGCUUUGGAGGUCAAGGUGGCCUUGGAGGUCAAGGAGGCUUUGGAGGUCAGAAUGGCCAAGGACAAGUUUCAUUUGAAGGCUCUGAACAACGUCAGAAACGUCAAGAAUCCUUUGGAAGUGUAGAUGGAUUCAGCCGAAAUCCAGGCCAAGAGAACGGCCAGUUCGGCCAACAAGAAGGUGAAAAAGGUCAGUUUGGCCAAAAUGGUCAACAAGGCGGCUUUGGUGGUGAAAAUGGUCAAGGCUUUGGUCAAAGACAAGGCAAUGAAGGCUGGGAAGGUCAUACUGGAGCGCCACAGAAACGUCAGGUCACUGAACAAGGUCCACAGAACGGUCAAAGUCUCGGCGGUCUGCCAGGAGCUCAAGUAAGCGGAUUCAGUGGUCUGCCAGGUCUUAGAAGCCAAGAUCAAAGCAGUCAUGAAGCUGGACAACAUGGUGGAAGAAGCGGUGAAAGUCGACAAACUUCUGGAGGUUCCGGAUUCGGUGGUCAAGGAGGUCACGGUGGUUUCGGAGGUCAAGGAGGUCAUGGUGGAUUCGGUGGACCAGGUGGAUUUGGAAGUGUAAGCGGCUUUGGAGGUCCUGGACCUAACGGCCAAGGAUUCGGUGGUCAAGGUGGUCAUGGAAGCCAAGGUGGUCAUGGAAGUCAAGAAGGUCAUGGCUUUGGAGGUCUAGGAGGUCACGGCGGCUUUGGAGGUCAAGGUGGUCACGGUGGCUUUGGAGGUCAAAAUAGUCAAGAAGGCCAUGGAUUUGGAGGUCAAGGUGGUCGUGGUGGAUUCGGAGGCCAAGGCGGACAUGGUGGACCACCUGGAUUCGGAUCACACAGUAAUGAAGCCGGUAGCUGGGGAAGCCAAGAAGGAAGCGGUAGCCAGUCGAACGAAAGCUUUGAGAGCCAAGAGAAUACAACAAAAAAGAACAAGAAGGCUAAGAAGGCCAAGAAGAAUAAGAACAAGACCAAGAAGACUACUACUACUACUGUUGCUGCUUAG